CUGGGGGUGGGGAGCAAGCUCCAGCCAUCUGCCCUCCUGGCAGCCUCUAGAGGGACCCACCGUCUGGUCCCCCAAGCAUGGACGCCCCCGAGGAAUCCGCCAGGUGCCCAGCCCGGGGGACGUGCCCAGUGUUCCUGGCCAUGAGUUCAGGGACUGUCCGCUAUGCCCCGUCAGGCCUGGACCCUGCACUUGAGGGGGACUUAGGAGAGGGGCCCUGGGGCCCAGGCAGCCCGCCCCAGCCAGACCAGGGCCUCCCGCCAGCCCUCCCCUGGAAGAGCACGGCCCCCUGCCAAGGCCACAAGGAGUCCCCGGGAGCCCUGGUGGAGACGUCUGCGAGGGAGGAGACGCACAGCGAGGAGGGCCCUGCGGCCGCCCGGCUGGACGUGCUUCGACUGCGCAGCUCUUCCAUGGAGAUCCGGGAGAAGGGCUCGGAGUUUCUGAAGGAGGAACUGCACAAGGCGCAGAAGGAGCUGAAACUGAAGGAUGAGGAAUGUGAGCGACUAUCCAAGGUGCGGGAACAACUGGAACAGGAGCUGGAGGAGUUGACAGCCAGCCUGUUUGAGGAAGCCCACAAGAUGGUCCGAGAAGCCAACACGAAGCAGGCGGCCUCAGAAAAGCAGCUGAAGGAAGCUCGGGGCAAGGUGGACACCACCCUGUUUGCAGAGUUCCAGGCCUGGAGGGAAUCGCCCACCCUGGACAAGACCUGCCCCUUCCUGGAAAGGGUAUACCGGGAGGACGUGGGUCCCUGUUUGGACUUCACCAUGCAGGAGCUCUCGGCCCUGGUCCGGGCCGCCGUGGAGGACAACACGCUCACCAUCGAGCCCGUGGCUUCGCAGACGCUGCCCACGGUGAAGGUGGCCCAAGUUGAGUGUGGUGGCGCCAACACAUGCGCCCUGAGUGGGCUGGCCCGCGCCUGCCGCCACCGCAUCCGGCUUGGGGACUCCGAGAGCCACUACUACAUCUCACCAUCCUCCCGGGCCAGGAUCACCGCAGUUUGCAAUUUCUUCACCUACAUUCGCUACAUACAGCAAGGCCUGGUGCGGCAGGAUGCGGAGCCGAUGUUCUGGGAGAUCAUGAGGCUGCGGAAGGAGAUGUCACUGGCCAAGCUCGGCUUCUUCCCCCAGGAGGCUUAGGGCGUGGCCCGGCCCUGGAGAGGCUCUGAGCUGGAACAGACACACCAGCCCAGGACAAGCAGACAGACAGGGAGACAGAGUCCUGGAGCCAGCCCUGAGCCAGAAGCGGAAUAAAUGGACAAAC